CUUUAGAGGUGUUGGAUGGGCGUGGUAAGAACGAGGGCUUCUCCUCAGUCUCCUGGCUGUCCAUCAUCCAGUGCCACAUCUCCCCCAACAACGAGGUCACUUGCCAUUUAUAAAGUCUGCCCCACUGCAGAGUCCAUCGGGAAUCAACAGACGGAGACUCAGGGCAUCUCUACAGCACACAGGAGAAAUCCAGGGACAUCACUCAAGAUGCUGAAGGUCUCCUGCCUCUUCGUUCUCCUCUGUGGGCUCCUUGUCCCGUCCUCUGCUCAACAGAUCCCACCUGAAGUUUCUUCCCAGAUCACCGAUGCUUUGACCCAAGGACUCCUUGACGGGAACUUCCUUUCUCUCCUGAAUGCAAUUAACUUAGAAGGAUUAUUGAACACCAUCCUCGAUCAAGUAACAGGCCUCCUGAACAUCUUGGUUGGCCCUCUCCUGGGGCCCAGCGAUGCAGAGAUCAAGUUGCAAGACGCUCGACUCCUUCAACUCUCCCUUGAGUUUUCUCCUGAUAGCAAGGGGAUCGACAUAUGGAUACCAUUGGAAUUGUCCGUAUAUCUAAAGCUCCUGAUUCUUGAACCCCUCACACUUUACGUGCGGACAGAUAUAAGAGUCCAGCUUCAGUUGGAGAGCGACGAAGAUGGCAAAUACCGACUCGCCUUUGGGCAUUGCAGCCUCUUACCUAGGGCUAUAGAGCUCCAAUCUGGAAAUCCACUCAGCUUGCCGGUAAAUGCUGUUUUGGGGACCAUAGAAAACGCCCUGGGAAACUUCAUAACCGAGGAUUUGGGAGCAGAACUUUGUCCUACCCUUAAUUCAUUGGUCUCCAACCUGGAUCUCCAGCUGGUUAAUAAUCUGAUUAAUCUGAUACUGGAUCGUGCGAACGUUGACCUCAGCGUCUAAGUAUACCCAAAGUGAAGGAGCCACAUUUGUAUCAAUUUGAAUCAGGUCCUGCAUGCUGGUCUCCUUCCUGGAAUGCCCUCCACACUGCGGGCCACCAUUUACGUAGAUAUUCCUGUCGAUUAUUCAACUACUGCCUGGAGUUUCAUUACCCGCCCUGGACUCAAAGAUCCUCUACUUUCCUGGCUAUGGAGGCUGUUUCCCUGUAAAUCUUCUCCAGAAUCCCUGUACUGAUUCCCUGUAAUCUUAACAUAAUAAAUUUCUGCAGCCCUGAAA